AGUGUUUCAUAUCCUUAUUUUUUAUUGUCUUGCAGAUACACUUGUACUUGAUGACUCCCAGAUAACAGAAGUAAUGAAGAAGGUUUACAAAGAACAUAACUACAUCCUGUGUCCACACACAGCAACUGCAGCAGCAUACCAUUACAUAAGCAAGGAAGAGAAUCCAUGUGGCUAUAUUGCAACAGCAUCACCAGCCAAGUUCCCAGAGGCAGUAGAGAAAGCAGGGGCACAGCCUGUUACAGAGGGUAUCGGCCACCUUGAAGACCUUCCAACAAAAUUUAUGUGGAUGAAGAAGGGAGAAGAUUGGUACUCCAUUCUUCGCAAUAGGAUAGAAGUAAUCUCUUCCAAGAAGGUGUAAAGAAGGAAAGGAAGAUGUAUGUUCAUGAUAAUGUUUUUUUUUCUUGUUGAUUAUUCAGGGAAUGUGCAUUAAUGUAGUGAAAAUGAUAAAAGUGUGGUUUUUAAUAAAUGUUUAGCUUUGGUUAAAAGUUAGGCAGCAUGUCACCUAUAUUUUGCAUUUGUUAAAUGUUCUUUUGUUUUCUUGAGAUGAAUGUGUAUUCUUUUACAUUUACUGAAUUAGAAAGUUUGAAUUUUAAUAUUCUGGUGUCCUUAAGUAUUUUGAGGGCAUGUUGUUGGUAAUUUUCCAAAGGUGUUCCUAGAAUAUGUGCCUAAUUAGCACUUCUUGAGUACUCAUUUUGUUCUUGAAAUAGGUCCAAACUGUUUGAAUAUGGUAAUUUUAUUAAGAACUUACAUAACAGUGUAAUAGUAAGAUAUACCACAUUUAAAAAUACAUAAUACUAUUUGGAAUAUCUAAGAGGAAGGAUGAACACACCAGAUAUUUAACUGGACAUUCUUUAUAACAGAAGGAAGCCUGCUAUUUUUGUCCCACCCAUACUGAAAUGGUCUUUCUGGUGCACAGCAAAUAUAGUAGCAUUUCUUCCAAGUUCCUAGAUGGACCCUGGGAUUGAUGUGUUAAUGCUUAAGAGACAAAGCAGUCUCAACAGUAUUUCUUGUACUAACCAACAGUAAAUGCUUGUUGGUUAGUAUUGUGCACAAAUCAUGGUAUGGUAUGCUAAGCUAUAACUUAAGGUAUAGCUUUAUACAAGUCUUCUUACUUUCAGUCAGAAAACCUGAUGACUCAGUGUUUUUUGAUUAUGAAUAUUGUGAUAUUUUCUUUGGCAGCUUGCCACAAAAUGCCAAAGAGGCUGUUACACUCUUUUGUUAAACUUCUCGAAAGUAUAUGUAUUGCUGUAAAUUUGAGUGAUUUUUUUCUUUAUUGACACUAUCCCUUGUUUGAUAAUUGUUGGUAAGUGACUUUAUAUUUCAUAUUUCUAUUUCUGCAAACCUUUUUUCUGUUUGCAGAACACACCUUUGUUUCCUAUUUGUUUAGUCAACUACAAGAUAUAUAAUAUAUUGCCCAAAGAUCCAUUAUUACUCCCUUAUUAUUUGUAUUUUUCAAAGCACCCAAUAUACACUACAGUCAGACUCUCCUCCCUCUUCCCUCCAUGCAACAUUGUCUUUAAAUUGAAGGUAAGAAAUGAAAUCAUAACAGUUUUUUUCUUUCUUUUGUCAAUGCACUAUGAAAAUUUUAUAAUUCAUAUAACCAAGGUUUUGUAUUAACAACAGAUUUGUGUAUGUAAGAAUAUUGCAGGAUCCUUCUUUUGCAUAUUCUAAUGUUUGCAACAGAUUCCUCUUUGCUGCAUGCCAUAAAUUUUAUCAUAGAAUAACGAAAUAUCAUGAAAGUGAUAUUCCAAAUUUCUUAAGAAGGUAUGCAAUAGUUACAAAGUUUCUAAAUUAAUGCAGAUCAUCUUGGUGUACAGUACAGUAAU